UGAUUCAAGUUUUAUUUGAAUCGCUUUUGGGUGUGAAGCAAAACACCAGAACAACGUCACAUAUGAGAGAAUUAUGUAGCGCUAAUGAUGGCGAAUACAUUUGACCUGUCCAGGGUGGCUUUGGACUCGUCCAGAGAUUUCUCUGGCUCUGGUUCGAGCAACAGGAGUUUACGAGUGGCGGAGAAUGUGAAGAAGAAAGGCGAGACAAACCCGUUUCGGUCUGCGCUGAGUUAUCUCUCCCAGGUGCAGGAAGGCACUACUGUAAAAGGCAAUGAUGAACUGGAGAGGAACCUGGUGGUGGUGGAGACCAUUGCCCUUGGUCGAGGUCUCCCUCCAGAGGCUGUCUCAUUGCUUUUGGACUUGGCAUUAAGUCUCCGUGCAGGCAGUGUGACCUGUUCACGGGUUCUGAAGUUUCUGAUACCUGCUUCAGUAGUGCCUCAGGAGGCCGUUGUAAGAGGAGUGUCUUGGCUGUGCGUGGGAAAAAUGCCAAUGAAUGCUCAGGUUCUGUUCCUUCGCUGGGUUCUCACUGUUUUUGACCUUAUUGAUUGCAAAGACCACUUGAGAGCCAUCUAUGGUUUUAUUUUCAGCUUUGUGACUGAAGAGAAUCUAGUGAGUUCAGUUUUGUCUUAUUGCCCUUUCAUCUGCCACUUAUUGUAUCUUUUAACAAUGAGGGAGCAUGUCCAGCCAUACAGAGUGAGAAAACUGUUGGAUAUUCAGGCAAAAAUGGGCAGACAGCCAUAUCUGAUGCAGCUGCUGGCCUUAUACAAAGUCUUUCGACCAGAGCUUGUGUCCCUCUCAAUGCCUACAAGAAUGAGGACUGGCUUUAAGAACCACAAUUCGACCUGGAAAGCAGCUCUUACCGCUGUACAGCGGAAGAACAGGGCUGAAGUAAUGGCAGACCAUAGUCUCACUUUGGAGGUGAAAGAAAAGCCCACUUCCAGAAAAAGGAAACUGCAUCACCUAGACGUGCCUGCUCUGAGCUCAGCGUUUGACACCAGCUCAGAGAGGAAAGUCUUCUGCCUGCAGGAACUGCAGUCCUUCACAGAGUUGAUACAGAACAUCCACAAUAUAGAGCUUCCAGCCCAAAUGGGUUCUCUCCUGGGAUCCUCUCUAGCCCUCCAUUACCUGGACUGUGUACAGGAUGAGUCUGCCUUCCUGCGCCUCAACUUUUGGCUUGGACACUCACUACAGGAGGAAUUCCUGCUGUGUCCUGCAGAUGGGAGUCUGAGCAGCCUAGCCGAAGCCUCACGAUUCCUUAGUAUUAUCCUCUCCUCACAGCAGUUCCUCCAGGAGGGUUUCUUCAGCACUGAGAGCUUCCUCUAUAAGUUCCUGAGCGUGUGGGAUGGCUCACUGCUGCGGACUCACAUUUUGGAUUUGCUCAGUCACGUCCCUCUGAUGCCCAGCCACUAUAUCAAAAUUCUUGUCUUUGAACCACUGAUGCAACUCUACUUCACCUCUGCUGUGUUCUUUAAGUGUAGUGUCAUCGAGUGUCUCAACAACAUGCUGGUGAAGUGGCUGACCUGGCAUUCCGUCAACGCUCUUGAGGAUGGCCUGGACAUCAGCCUUAACAGCAAUGGCACAGUAACUAUGACCCUGUCUGGGUUUAUGGAUACAGUCAUAGAGCUGGUGCGGUUUGUUGGACGUCUGGCUGCUGAGGGGCUACGACUAGAGAACUGCCACGUCCUGCUCCUCAGCCAAACACUCACCUUCUAUGAGACAGUGUGCGAUAUGUUUGUAAAGUAUGGCUUGCCCCUGGUCAUCAUGCCUCCAGCUGGGGUGUUUUAUCCAGCUCUCCUUGCCACAGACCCACUCACUGUUGAUCGGCUAGGCUACAUCAUGUACAGAUACCGGAAAAACCUGACCUUGGCCAAAAAACAGGAGCAGCAGAGUGAGCAAACAUUUCACAUAAGCAGAAAUACAUACCAGGAGUUCAACCAGCACCUAGUGGCCAUGGUGAGCUGUCUGUGGAACUCCAAGUCUUUCUUGCCUGGCACUGGCUUUGAGAUUGACGAGUGCUUGCUCACCCAGACCAAAGUGCCUGAGUACUGGAGCCAUUUUGACCUAGUUCAUCAUCCAGCCUUCUUCAAGUACGCCAUUGAGUUUCACGAGAAGUGCUGGCCAGGGAGGAAGGGUGUGGACCUUGCCUCCAUAAAGGUUGGAAAAUACUGGAACUGGUAUGUGGAGUUCCUCUUCAGCCAGGGCUUUGAUGGUCUCAAUGACUUCAUCCAGGUUAACACUGGCCACAGCAGCUCCUCUGGCUCUAGUAGCCAAGGCGACGGUCAUCAUACGAACCAGCGCUAAUGGUUUGAAGUUUAAAGACUGUGUUACCUGGAAAGGCUACAGAGUGUGACGUGGCUCCAUGUUUCAGUGGUCAUGUACAUAUUUUUUAGUCUCGUCUGAGAGGACUUGUGUUGGAAACCACAGUGACAUUGUAAAUAGAACUGUAUAUUAUUUUACUUGUCUGUAUCCGAGUAUAUUAUUUCUAUUUGGCUUGUGUCCGUUUCAUUCUUUAUUCAUUUUAUUUCAUCUGUAAGACUUUUACAUUGCGUGUCUAGGUUUUCAGGUAUUGCUGAAAGAUUUCAGAACCUGGAAGUGUCUUGCAUUUGAUGAUUACACAAAGCUAGAUAGAUUUUUUUUUUUUAAUCUCAUGAUGUCUCAAAAAUAAUUAGGGUUAAAUCUUAUAAUCCUUAAGGUUUCACACUUUCAUGCAUGUUUGAAGCCUUUU